AUGGAGGACCCACUAAUAGAGCAGGAGGACGAUCCAAAGCCCCCCACAAUUGAACCACUAAGGGAGGAAAUAUUGGAUCCUUCUGAUCCCGACAGAAAAGCAUUGGUGGGCUCCCUCCUAUCCAACGCCGAAAGGGAGCUGUCGCGUCACCGCCUAAAUGUGGACCCUAACCACCCACCACACCAGCAGAGGCAAAGGAGGUUCGUGCCAGAGAGAAAUCAGAUCAUUAGUGACGAAGUGGAUAGACUUCUGGAGGUUAGGUUCAUCCGCAACGUAUGGUUCCGGACAUGGAUCUCUAAUGUGGUGGUUAUGGCUAAGAAGAAAGGAAAAUGGCUAGUUUGUGUCGAUUACAUCAAUUUAAACAAAGCCUGCCCGAAAGACUGCUACCCGCUACCUAAAAUUGAUCAGAUGGUGGACUCCAGAGGCGGGUAUGAACUUUUAACUUUUCUUAAUGCUUACUCAGGGUACAACCAAAUCCCAAUGGCAAUCGAAGACCAAGAAAAAACAACCUUCAUUACCGAGCAUGGCCUGUAUUGUUACAUGGUGAUGCCAUUUGAUUUGAAGAAUGCAAGCUCAACGUAUCAACCGUUGGUGAAUCAGAUGUUCAAAGACCAACUUGGGAAGACAAUGGAAGUUUAUAUCGAUGACAUGGUUGUCAAAAGUGCAGUGAAAACCCAGCACCUAAGUCAUAUUCAGGAAACCUUUGACGUGCUGAGGCGAUAUCGGAUGAGGCUGAACCCAACCAAAUGUGCUUUCGGUGUCUCAUAUGGUCCAUUUUUAGGGCACAUUAUGAAUAGGCAGGGCAUUGAACCAAACCCAGAGAAGGUGGAGGCGUUAUGGAACAUGCCAAGCCCGAAGACUCCAAGAGAAAUGCAAGUGCUAACUGGGCGAAUAGCGGCACUGAGUCGGUUCAUCUCACGUUUGUUCGACCGGUGCAAACCCUUCUUCCGGGCAAUCCAGAAUAGAAAAGAUGAGGUAUGGGGGCCAGAGCAAGUGGAAGCUUUUGAUCAACUAAAACGAUACUUGACAAGUCCCUAA